UGGAGGGGGCGGGGCCCAGGCCGGCGGGCGCGGGGAAAAUGGCGGCAGCGGCAGCAGCUGCGGCGAACGGGACGGGUGGGAGCAGCGGAAUGGAGGUGGAUGCGGCAGUAGUCCCCAGCGUCAUGGCCUCCGGAGUGACUGGGAGUGUUUCAGUCGCUCUUCAUCCCCUCGUGAUUCUGAACAUCUCAGACCAUUGGAUUCGCAUGCGCUCCCAGGAAGGGCGGCCUGUGCAGGUGAUCGGGGCUCUGAUCGGGAAGCAGGAGGGCCGAAAUAUCGAGGUGAUGAAUUCCUUUGAACUGCUGUCACACACCGUGGAAGAGAAGAUUAUCAUUGACAAAGAAUAUUAUUACACCAAGGAGGAGCAGUUUAAACAGGUAUUCAAGGAGCUGGAGUUUCUGGGUUGGUAUACCACAGGGGGACCACCUGACCCCUCCGACAUCCACGUCCAUAAGCAGGUGUGUGAGAUAAUCGAGAGCCCCCUUUUUCUUAAGUUGAACCCUAUGACCAAGCACACGGAUCUUCCUGUCAGCGUUUUUGAGUCUGUCAUUGAUAUAAUCAAUGGAGAGGCCACAAUGUUGUUUGCUGAACUGACCUAUACUCUGGCCACAGAGGAAGCUGAACGCAUUGGUGUAGACCAUGUGGCUCGCAUGACAGCAACAGGCAGUGGAGAGAACUCCACUGUGGCUGAACACCUGAUAGCACAGCAUAGCGCCAUCAAGAUGCUGCACAGCCGUGUCAAGCUCAUCUUGGAGUAUGUCAAGGCCUCUGAAGCAGGAGAGGUCCCCUUUAACCAUGAGAUUCUGCGUGAGGCCUAUGCACUGUGUCACUGUCUUCCAGUACUGAGCACAGACAAGUUCAAGACAGACUUUUAUGAUCAAUGCAAUGAUGUGGGGCUCAUGGCCUACCUUGGCACCAUCACCAAAACGUGCAACACCAUGAACCAGUUCGUGAACAAGUUCAACGUCCUCUAUGAUCGACAAGGCAUCGGCAGGCGGAUGCGAGGGCUGUUCUUCUGAGAGGGUACUUUGAAGAGUUGAUGCACAGGGGUCAGACAACUGUCCCAGAGGGAGGGGUGCUAUAGUCCCUUUAGAGAAACCUGUCAUUAAUAAAAGGGCAGUCCCUCAGCA